AUGAUGGACCGCUCUCACAAACCUUCCGCCAUCGGCGUGGGCGCAUCGCUCCCCCAGCCCACCGUCUCUAUCAAGGACCACACCAUCGAAGCCAGCCUGCCCACCGGCCAAUCCGUCACAGUCCAGUUGUACGGCGCCACCGUCACCUCUUGGAAAUCAAAUGGCCAGGAGCAGCUCUUUCUGAGUGAAAAGGCCCACCUGGACGGCUCCAAGCCGAUCCGGGGCGGCAUUCCGCUCGUGUUCCCGGUCUUUGGUGCUCCGCCCAAGAACCACGCAACCUCUGCUCUGCCGCAGCAUGGCUUCGCUCGUAACUCGCACUGGGAAUUCCUGGGCAAGUCGUCGUCGGAAUCGAUGGAAAGGGACCAUGGCCAGGGCGAUCUGGCCGUGAAGCUGGACUUUGGACUGUCGCACACCAUGCUGAGCAAGGAAUUCCGAAAGACGUGGCCGUAUGAGUUUGGGCUGGUUUACAGUGUCACUCUUACCAAGGAUGCGCUGGAGACGACGCUGCAAGUACGCAACGAAGGAAAGCAGAACUUUGACUUCCAGGUACUAAUGCACACGUACUUGAAUGUCGAGGACAUCUCCAACAUUCGCAUUAAGGGCCUCGAGUCCAAAACCUACGUCGACAAGACCCGCAACGCCACCUCUCACACCGAAGCCUCGCCCGCGCUGUCCAUCACCCAAGAAACUGAUCGCGUCUACCAGGACCUCGACCCCACUGUUCCCGUUGUAGUCGCCUCGGCGGCAGACGACAAGCCAGUGUUUUCCAUUACGCGAGAGGCUUUCAACGACGUGGUGGUUUGGAAUCCGUGGAUCGAGAAGGCUAAGGGUAUGGCUGACUUUGGGCCGGACGAGGCUUACAAGAACAUGAUCUGUGUGGAGGCCGGCUCUGUUUCUACGUGGCAGACUCUUGAGGCCGGUGAUUCCUGGGAGGGCGGACAGAGUGUCAAGUCUCGAAUUUGA